UAGGAAAUUGCACUGAAUAUAAUGAUUGAUUUUUCUCAUCACGCAAAUACCUUAAAGUAAAGUACUCUCGUCUCGUACUUACAUCUCUAUCUUCUCUCUCUCAAAUUUCUUGCCACUUCAACUAGUUCCCAUAGGUAUACUUACUACCUGCCCCUUAAGUCUUAACCCCCACCCCUUCCCUUAAAUACCCACCUUUUCUACUAUGUUUCUACAUCACUUGCAAAAAUCUUUAAAACCAGCUACUACUCAUUUCUCUCUCUCUCUCUCUCUCUAGAACGAGAUGUCCAUAAACCAUACUAUUUCUUCUUCAGAACUUCCAGAAACAGUGUGGUGGACUAAACAACAACAAUAUAUGAUGAUGGACAACUCCUCAUCCAAGAAAACCUCAUCCCCUUCUCAAUUCUACCACCACCACCCACCCACCCCACCUGAAACUCAAACAACAACCAUGUUUGGCUUCAACCUUAACAACAUGAGCAAUAACGAAGAGGACGAGGAACUCGAGGAACAAAUCACCGAAGAUAAAGACCAGAACAUUGAACAACGCGAAGAAGAAAUCCCAAAAGAACAUUUGUUCGAGAAACCACUAACACCAAGUGAUGUCGGAAAGCUUAACAGGCUUGUCAUCCCCAAACAACACGCUGAGAAGUAUUUUCCCCUCAGCGGAAAUAACAAUAAUAAUAAUAAUGAGUCGAGUACCGAAAAGGGGUUGUUACUGGGUUUUGAGGACGAGUCAGGAAAAUCAUGGCGAUUUCGAUAUUCUUACUGGAACAGUAGCCAAAGUUAUGUUUUGACUAAAGGGUGGAGUCGUUUCGUGAAGGAAAAAAGACUUGACGCCGGUGAUAUUGUUUUGUUUGAGCGCCACCGAUUUGACGGUGACCGCUUAUUUAUUGGAUGGAGGAGGAGGAAUACCGCCGUCUCUGCCUCCGUGCAAGAGAGCAGUGCGGUGGUUGCUCCGCCAGGGAUGGUGGGAGGAGGUGGGUGGGCCCAGGUGUACUAUGCUGGGUCAGGUGGGCAUCCUUAUCCAGGGGCAGCUCUUCCAUACCAACCUGACUGUCUUCAUGCAGGAAGAGGAGUAUUGCAGAACCAAACAACAGCAAGUGUGAACAACACAAGAAGACAAGUGAGGUUGUUUGGGGUUAACUUGGAAUGCGAGGCCGACGAGCCGUCGUGGUCGGAGCCACCAUCAACCCCAGAUCGCGGUGGCUCUUCCACAUCUAGCCACCACCACCAGGGUCAGGGUCAGGGUCAAGCCAGCCAACACUAUUACCAAUACCAAUUUCAGCACUCAAAGCCUCAUGUUGCUGCCUCUUCCUAUAAUAAUAUCCAUCACAAUCACAUGGAUAUGAAUUUCUCAAGAGAUGUCAACCAGAUGAGAUAUCACCAGGGAUAAGAUCUGUGGAUUUGACAUCCAGGAUUGACUAUUACGGGCACUUGGAAAAUUAUUUAAAAAUAGGAAAAUGUUCUUGAAAAAAAAUAGGAAAAGAAAAUUCAGAAAAGGAAAAAAUCCCAGAUUUUCUGGCAACUUUCUUCCCCCCUAGAAAAGGUAGUGUAUAUCAAACUUUUAACACCUAUUCCAAGUCCAAGGGUAAUGGAAAGAACCAUAUGAAAUAUUGAAAAAGACUUCAGGGUGUUGGAGUAGGGAGAAGGUGGGGCCCCCAGAUUCUAGCUGACGUCAGCAAAAAACCAAAUGGAAGAAUAAUACAUGGGUGGUUGCGCUUUCAAGAAUCUAUAUAAUUACAUAUAUUAUUUUGCUUUUUUUUUUUUUUUCCUCUAGUGUUUUUGGUUGGUACUGUGGUGAUUCUACCCGAAGAUUUUUCCAAGGGUUCAUCAUAAUCAUAACACUUGACCAAAAAUGAAGGAUAAUAGGAGGAAGAUGAAGAAAAUUGGUUUUUUGCCAGUGGUAGUGGUUGGAGGACUUGAUUUCUUUUUGAUAAGAUGGCUGUCUGUCACAGCCCCAUUAGUCAUUUAGAAAAUGUUCUUUGCCAUCUCUUGAAAGGCAACUAACAGUUUAACUGCUUUUUCUUUCACAUUUUGGUGCUAAUCCUAUGGCAGAAUUCUUUUUGUUUAACAGUAGUAUGUACAUUGUACUUUGGUGUUUUGGUGAUUCAUAUGAAAAUCUGAUGAAAAGACUCAUCAAUCUUACCUAUGUGUGAAUUGUAAGUUUCAUUUGUCACCAACAUCAGUCAAACGUUAAAAAUAGAGAAACUUUUC